GGGGCUGGCGGGGAGCGCCAUGGCCGAGCAGCGCCCGCCGCGGCCGCUCUACUUUCCCCACUUCCACGACCGCGCCGAGCCCUUCCCGUCUCCGGCCGAGGGCCUGCGGACGCCCUUCGAGGCCGUGUGCGGGCCGCGGCAGCCCCCGCCGGCCGCCUUCGGGGCGCUCCGCUGGGCCGCGGGGCUGGCGGCCGUCCCCUACGAGCCGCUGCGCUUCUUCUGCCCGGCGGCGGCUGCGGAGGAGGCGGGGGUCGCGGCGCGGAGGCCGGAGGAGCAGCUGGAGGGCGAGAUCUGCGAGUUAAGCAUCCGCCUUAAGGAGCUGGAGCUGCUGGCCCUCAUCGGCGACGGCUUCGACGCCCAGCAGUAUAAACUUCUGAAGGCACUGAAAGAAGAAAAGUUACGAGCCAUGAAAGCAAGGCAGAAGCUGAAGAAAUAGCCACCAAAACAUUAA